UGGUGUCUACAAACUGGAGACACCAUCCUAACUCGACAUACCUACCAACUACUACACGUAACCGAAACGAAUCGAAUCUAUUCAGUACAAGGUUACUGGAAUAGCAAGCACCGUUGCACGAGACAAUGGUUCAACCAGUUCGCCAUCAAUAAUGGUUGAUAAAACAACUCGUAAGCUUUUAUUAGCCUAGAAAUUGAUGGUAUUCUAUAUGAUCGCGUAACAUCAACCAUUAUUUCUUGAGCAGUUUUAUGUCUGAAAUCGAUUAAAAUAACGUAAUUCUAAUUAAAAAAUCGCAUUAUUGAACUUCUAUAAUUAAAAUAAACCGGUUGCACAGUGCACAUUAGGAUUGCAUCAGCCUAUAAUCAUCCCCUGAAAUGGCACGAGGUAAUGGAACCGGUGCUCAGGCUCAGCCUCAGCCAACGCCAGCCCAAUGGAUUGAAAUUGAUAGAGCUUACCUUACCCCCAACUUUACAGUAAGACAGUUCCAGAGCCAUGAACUUUUAAAAGGUAGUAAUAACUUUAAAGAUUGGGAUAACAUGGUGAGCUUGGAGCUGCGAGCCGCAAACCUGUACCCAUUUAUUGAAUCACAAUGUGGCAUGACGAUUAAUAUAUCCCCAUCUAGGAGAGUAAUGUGCGAUGCUCAGGUAGUGCAAUACCUACGUGCAUCAGUAAUUUUUCCAAUUAGUAAGAGAAUUAACCAUAUACUAAAUGCCUAUGAUACUUACGAAGAAUUGAAGAAACUAUUUUCCCAGAACGAUUUCCACGAUUACGUUGAUUUACAUAAUAGAAUGAAUUACCUGAAGUAUAGAAUUACUUACAACGUAGAUCGAUUCAUCGCCGAUUUCGAUCGUCUCAUAGAAGAUUUUAGAUCUAUCGGUACUAACUUCCCUGAGAAGUAUGUUUGCUCUCUGUUCCUUAGUAAAAUUGAGGGAUGUAAGGAGCCGCGAUCUCCGUUCUUCUCAUUUUAUUCAACGAUCACAUCAUUACCUAGUGACAUCGCUACUCUUGACUAUAUCAAGCAGAAAUUCCAAAAUACUGCUAAAACUUUAUCUGCUUCCUUGCCAAAUAAAAGCAUCACGAACACGAAUUCAUCAUCAGCCAAACGUAAACAAGAAGACCUGAAACCGGAGGAGAAUACUGUGUCUGUGAAACGAGCUAAAUCCAUACCUGAGAAAAAUUCUAUCAAUAGUACCGCCAAUGGCAAGCCAUCAAAACCCCUACACGAAAAAUAUACACCAACCCAGCUGGAGCAGCUCGCUAAAAUGUCCAAGGAGGAGAAAAAGAACGUACAGUGUCGGAAGUGUAGUGAUUACUUCCACACUCACACUGAAUGCCCCAACCCUGGACGCUUGUGCUUCAAGUGUUAUACUUACGGUCAUGAAAAAUCAGCUUGCAAACUUAAUAAAGGAGGAUAGCCAAGAAAUCGAAAUCGUUGAACCGUAAUGAACUCGAGACGUCGAGAUAGUCUAUUACUCGUAUAUUUUACUCUUUAGUUUAUGAUUAUUAUUCUCUACGUGAGAAAUUAUACUUAUCUGCAUGAAAUCGAUAGAAUACUUCUACAUAUAUACUCCUUUAACCUUAGAAAUACUUACUCUACGUUAUCACUAGAAUAGCAUAGCAUUUAUGAUGAAAUUGAAAUGUCCUAAACUUUAUGCAAAAUAAAGGGAUCAUAGACCUGCUAUGAUUUAUGAAUCGUU